UUGAUGUAGCAAUCUUCAUCUUCUAUUUUUGAAAGAUAGAGAAACAUGUCCUUCAAAUCAGCAGUUCUGCUGGUUAUCUUCCUCCAAAGCUUUGCAAUCAUGACUUUGGCUUCAGAUCCAGAUCCUGUCCGAGACUUCUGCAUAGCCGGCGCAGCAUCUGCAAUCAACUCCCUUCAGUGCAAGAACUCAUCAACUGUCACGGUUGAAGAUUUCGUGUUUUCUGGCAUAAAGCUUCCUGGAAAUUUCAGUGAGACAGGUUUAUCAUCCAAGCCAGUGAAUGUGAAUGUGUUUCCGGGCUUGAAUACGCUAGGCAUGUCAUUUGUUCGAGCUGAUUUUGAAAUUGGGGGUGUCAAUGCACCUCAUUUCCAUCCAAGAGCAACUGAGGUAGCAUUUGUUCUUGAGGGGAAGAUUUAUUCUGGAUUUGUUGAUACAGACAACAAGAUAUUUGCUAAAGUGCUUGAGAAGGGUGAGGUUAUGGUGUUUCCUAGAGGUCUUGUGCACUUCCAGAUGAACGUUGGAGAUACAACAGCGACUAUCUUGGGGAGUUUUAAUAGCCAGAAUCCAGGACUGCAGAGGAUUCCAAAUGCUGUAUUUGGUUCUGGGAUCAAAGAAGAGCUUUUGGAAAAGGCUUUUGGAUUGAGUUCUAACGAAAUUGCCAAGUUGAGGUGGAAGUUUUCUCCCCAUGAAUUGAGUUAGAUGGUCAGGGCAAGUUGCCUCUUUGAAGCUUAGAUGAGUGUUUCAGCUGUUGUUAAUGCCAUGCUAUUUAUUCUAAAUUUGUUAAAACAAUUUUAAAGGUAAUAAGACAGCGAAACAUUU